AUGGAAAAUUUGAAAGAGGUUGUGGCAGCAGCCUCAAAUUUGAAUGCGUUUGGUGGCUCUGGGCGAACUACCAACAGAUUUGCUGAACUAGAUGCUACAUUACAGCAUGCUGAUGGAAGAAAUAUAAAUGGUGGAGUUGCUGAAUCCACUGACAUACACACUGAUGGUGCAACUGCAAUUAGCUCCGUUAAAGGACGUAAAAUUUUAGCUGCUGUAGGAAAGACACUACAGAAAACUGUGACAGAAACUGCUGAUUCACUUUUGGAAAAGUCAACAAAUAUCUUAUCAGAAGGAAGAAUUGAUGACACUGAUAUUACUGAUGCGACUGGCAAUACAUCAGAUGGCUUUCAGGCUGUGACUGGCAAGAAACAUCGCAAACGAAAGAAAAAGAAAGAUGGAGUAGAUGACGACUCGCCAUAUGAAAAUUUGAAGCAUCAGCUUAAUCUUUCGCGAUUGGAAGAUAAGAUUGAGCAACUACAAAAUCAAGUUCAAGCGUUGAUGGCCGAGAACGCACUUCUAAGGGGUAUUUCAAAUAGCCAACCGAUACUUGCUAAAACAGCAAAUGACACACCGAUGACGUCGACAACUACGUCAAAUAGCCAACCGACACUUGCCAAAACAGCGAAUGAUACACCGAUGACGUCGACAACCACUGAUAGAAAUUGGGCAGAUGAAGAAAAUACCAUGAUGACGGAUGAGAUCGCACCGCCGGCGACUCAACAACCCAGGGAGUGUAUGAGAUUUGCCAAGUUGAUGAGGGAUGAGUUCGCACCGCCGGCAACUCAGCAACCCAGUGAACCCAUGAGGACUGCUAGUCUGGAGUUUCCCGACUUGUACAAUCAGAGGAUAAGGACAGCUGCACCUACUACAAGCAAAGGAGCGAUUCCGAAGUACCCAACGAGACCGAAUGUGACCAGCGAAGGUCAAUCUUCAACAAGAGGGACGAAUGUGCCGACUUCUGUAGGAAAAGAGAAAGAAAUAUGUUUAAAUACAUGCUAAAAGAAAUUAUUUUAAGAUGGAAGACAU